CGCUCAGUUGUCAGCUGGUCGUCCGCCCGGCGGUGUGAGAGGCGGACCGGAGAGUGCUACCGAGAGGGACAGCGCUGGAUCCGGCGGCGGAGCAGGACACUAACGAUGAACCUGCUCGGAGGCAGGUCGGAGUCGGGCGGCGGGGGCGUCAUCUACGACACGAUGCACCUGGAGACUCUGGAGGAGCGGCGGCGCCGGCACGUCUCGUUCUGGCUGGUCUGCAUCCGCACAUCGUGCGCUUACAUCGCGCUCUCGAUGAUCGUCCCCACCACCUGGCCCUACAUGCAGAACCUGGACCCUGCGGCCCGUAAGACGGACGCCGCCUGGAUCAUCUCCGGCAUGUUCAUCGCGCGGAUCGCAAAUAACGCGCUGCUGGGUCCGGUGCUGCGCCUCAUGUCGCUCCGCACGCUGGCGCUGCUCACCUCCGUGAUGGUGAUGGCCAGCUACGUGAUGUGGGCGCUGGCCUACCUGGUGCCCAGCCACCCGUUCUACCUGCUGGCCGCGUCCCGCGCCAUCGACGGACUCUUCGGCAGUGACACAGUGAUCGGCUCUGUGUUCGUCACCCGCGGCACCACGUCCAAGGAGCGCGGCCCGGCCAUGGCACUGCUGGCAGGGGCCGCCGCCGCCGCCUACAUCCCCGGCGCAGGCGCCACUACUCUGCUCUCGCUGCUGGGCCCGGAGGGUGUCACUGUGGGCGGCUACCGGUUCAACAUGUACACCGUGGCCGGCAUCACCGCCUUCAGCGUGUUCCUCGUCACCACCGUGCUACUCUACUUCUUCUUCUUCGACAACGAGAUCGCCUACCAGGAGCUGGAGCUUGGCCUGGGCGGAGGCGGCGGAGGACUCGGCAGGAGGCGGGCGGACGGCGUGCGAUCCAACUACGUCGGUAUCGCCACCUGCAUCAUGGUCAUGUGCAGCGUCGGCUGCAUCCUGCUCUUCAACGACUCUCUGCUGGUGCCCAUGUUUAUGGACAUGAACGGCUGGCCCGAGGAGCGCGCCGUCCGCACAUACGGCUUCCUCAUGAUGGGCUUCAGUCUCGUAUCGACCACCAUGUUCGUGGUCACGGCUAAACUGGCCAACAGGUUUGGCGAGCGUUCACUGCUGCUUGCUGGGUCCGUGGUCGGCUUCCUCGGGUUCUUUGUGUCGUUGCCUUGGGGCUCCGAGAUGCCGCCGACCGUGGCGCCUCUGCCGGACACGAUCGGAACUAACGCCACCGAGGCCUUGAGCGGCGCUGCCGUCAUGGCCAACACCACGGAGUCUGCACAAGUUCCGCUGGGCUGUCCGCCCGAACAGAGCUGGUGCGCCACGGUGCCGCGGAUCUACCUGAGCCAGUACGUCACUGAACUGGUGCUGCAUGGUAUAGCAGUGGCCCUGCUGGCCUCCAUGUGUAACGCCCUCUUCUCAAAGUGCCUCUCACCAGGAUCGGAGGGUUUCUGGUGGGGCCUGAUGAAGGCGAUGGCCAACAUCUCUCGUCUGGUGACUCCCGUGGCGUUCUCGUACCUGUACCAGUACGCCGGGCCGCGCGCCAUGUACGGCACACUCUCCUCGCUGAUGGCGGCCGUGCUGACGGUGACGCUCGUCUCGUACCGGCGACUGGUCAGCGCGCCCGGGAGGAAGGACGAGGAGACGCCGCUGCUGGCAGAGAGCCGCAGCCGCCAGGUGAGUGGUUCAGAGACGCCGUGCAUGGCCCGCUCCUCUGAGUACGGGAGCAGCGACCCGCCGGAGCACCUUCAGCUGAGCUCCGACUGCGGCGGCAGCGACCCCCCGGAGCAGCUGGAGUACCACUCCGCCGGCCGGGCCGACCAGCCGCCAGAGGCCGAGAUUGAGUCGGACGACGAGCAGACGCUGAUCAACUCACACGGACGCUGAUAGGGGAGACGCAGAGAGCCAGUGAUAGCUAGCGGCCCGGACCGGUGGGUGACGUACGGGAUAUGGUCGGAAAGAUGGACAGAUGUCGGUUUGAUGAGAAAGUGACAGUGGAAGGUGGUAUAGUCGGGUUCUGAGGGAGCAAGCAGACCUUAGAUGGCGUGAAGCAAAGCGCCGUUAUAGCGCGUAAAGGAGCGACGACUGUAUCGACGGGCUGCGUUUGGAAAGUGGUAAAGUAACCAAAGUACGUCUGGCGCGCGCUUGCGAGUGUGUCGAUGCAUGCACGGUUUAUUAGGUCAAGGCUGGUUCCCGUCUUUUGUUAUCGAGACGGGCAACCGUAGCCUCUGUGAACCAAGUACCUACUGAAGUCGACUGGAAUAUGACGUACGAGUAAGGCGAUUUCGUUUCCUAACGUGGUCAGCUGCGACCAAAAUAAACCAAAAUGCUAUCUAAAAAAAAAGAAACAGUAUCACUUCACCUUUACUUCUAAGAAACGCUUUAAAGAAAAUGUUGUUCAGCUCGAGUCCGCUUCAUGCCGUGCUAAGGAAGGAAAAUAAGAAGUGAAAUGUGUAUUGUUUAUGGUGAUUGGAGAUCGAAUACGCAGCCGAAUACGUAGACGGUCGCACUUACGAAGCUCAGUCCAAAGGACAAUUGAAAUUAAUUAUAGAUGAGCGCACGGCACGUCUAGCCGUCAGAGUCGUGACUGUGCAUGGGCGUUCAUUUGUCGUAUCCCGAACAUGUAGACAAAAGACCAUCCAAAAGACCAGACCAUC